AUGAUUUUAUAUUGCGGAAUUUUUUUUCAGCACGACUGUUUGCCUGUGCGUUUGCUGGACUUAUUUCACGAACUAGCUGUAAAAGGUAGCUUGCAAGCGACCGAGAAUAGUUUACGGGAAGUCGCAGAAAUCAUUCAGAAUAAUGAAGCAAGGAAUCAUAAAUUACACUACGAAAUCGCGCAAAUUCUGUUUCGAACCGCACCAGCCGAUCAUCCAGCAGUGAAAUUCGCCAGGAAAUUACUUGAUGGGGCGAUCGCGAUGCAAAAAAGAUCGGAAUAUUUGGGCGAAAAAGUACGAAUAUUUCUGCAAGCCGGUAAUUAUGAAGCGGCUCGUGCGCUGGCUUUCGAAGCAAUUGAAUCGGAUACUACACCUGACAUGCAACUUUUGAUCGGUACGUCAACAUUUUGUUAUGUGAUAAAGCAAUGA